CCACGCCGUCUCCAGCUCACAUAUCGAUCCCACACCUCUAUAGUAAUGUCGACUCCCGCUCAGCAGAAGGCUCUUGUCCUUCAAGAGAAGGGCGGUCAGUUCGCCCUCAUUAACCGUGAAGUCCCGACGCCGACUCGCGGCUCACUCCUCAUCAAGAAUGAGUCGGUUGGUCUCAACCCGGUGGAUUGGAAGAUCCAGCAGCUGGGCCUUUUCUUACAAGAGUACCCCGCCGUCAUCGGGUUGGAAGCCGCCGGAACGGUUCACGCAGUGGGUGAGGGCGUCACCGACUUCGAGAAAGGCGAUCGAGUGCUGUACAAAGCGUCCUUCGGGAAUGACGAGGCGCCCUACCAGCAGUACACAUUGGUUAGCGCGAUCCUCACCGCUAAGCUUCCCGAUGGUAUUUCCUUCGAUGCAGCGGCCACUGUCCCGACUGCGCUCGCAACUGCUGCUGUUGCCCUGUACAACCAGCCUGGCGGUCCUCAGUAUACCCCACCGUGGGCCGAGGGUGGCAGGGGCAAGUACGCUGGCCAGCCUCUGGUAAUCACAGGGGGCGCAACCGUGGUCGGGUCCGCAGCCAUUCAGCUCGGCAAGCUCUCGGGCUUCUCGCCCAUCAUAACGACCGCCUCGCUCAAGAACGCCGCCCUACUCCAGUCAUACGGCGCGGCACACGUCCUCGACCGCAACCUCUCCGCCGACGCUUUGCGUGCGGAGGUCACCAAGCUCACCGGGGGCGCUCCCUCCUUCGUCCUUGACACCGUCUCGCUCCCGGAGACGCAAGCCGCCGCCUACGGGCUUCUCGCUCCCGGAGGCAAGCUGGUCGUGAUCCUUCCCCCAAGCGUGUCAGAAACAACGGAGGGGAGGACAAUCACGGGGUUGGCGACUGGCGUCCGCCUUCAGCAGGACCCUCAGUUUGCGGAAGAGCUGUUCAAGGCGAUCCCUGCCCUGCUCCAGUCGGGCGAGUUCAAACCGCUCAACGCCGAGGUUGUUCCUGGCGGUUUGGCGGGGAUCGCCUCUGGCCUGGAGAAGUUGAAGAAGAACCAGGUCAGCGCCGCUAAACUCAUCGUUCAUCCUCAAGAGACCGCGUGAAGCCUUCAGCGGACCAGUCGCUUCCAGCUGUGCAGUCGGCUACAGAAGCUCCGGUCAUCACAUGAUGUAUACUACUGAACCUCGAACGUAUGAGGAGUUACCGCACAUGAAAGAGGUGCCGAUUGAUUCCUGGCAUUGUUUUCGAGGGUGCUACGAUGAAGCAGCGGUUUGUAGCGCGGAUCGGAGCCGAAGCAGUCGCAGAGGGCGUUGAACUCAUUGAUGAUGUUCGAGGAAAGAUCAGAGAACAACUGGCGACGACCGAGGGACAAGAAUACCCGGUAUGUCAAGCGAAGGCCGAAUAUGACCUGGUUGCCGUCCCUAGAUGCAUCGACGACCGUCGUCAUCACUUCUGCGGGAGCGUGAGCAGUACGGCAAACUGAAUGAUAGGCGGACGUAAUCAUGAACGCGGGAAGCAAGGCAAGAUUCGCGAGCGUUCUGAGCAUUGGGCUCUAGAC